AUGAUUAUUAUUAUUAUUAUUAUUCUCCUCCUUCUUUUUUCUUCUUCUCGUCCUUCCCCUCCUCAUUCUUCUUCUUCUUCUUCUUCUUCUUCUUCUUCUUCUUCUUCUUCUUCUUCUUCUUCUAUAUUUUCGUUUCAUUUCUUUCUUUCUGUCUUAACGCUUUGUUUUCAUAUUUAUUUAUUUUUUUUUUCUUUCUUUCCCUCUUUUUUUUUUCUUUCUUUCCCUCUUUUUUUUUUCUUUCUUUCCCUCUUUUUUUUUCUUUCUUUCCCUCUUUUUUUUAAGGUUUUCCCUUUUUUUUUUUUUUUUCUUUCAUUUUCUUUUUUUUCUUUCUUUCCCUCUUUUUUUUUCUUUCUUCCAUUUUCUGUGUCUAUUCCUUCGUUAUCACAAGUUUAUGUAAGGUUUUUCUUUCUUUCUUUCUUUUUUUUUCUUUCUUCCAUUUUCUGUGUCUAUUCCUUCGUUAUCACAAGUUUAUGUAAGGUUUUUCUUUCUUUCUUUUUUUUUCUUUCUUCCAUUUUCUGUGUCUAUUCCUUCGUUAUCACAAGUUUAUGUAAGGUUUUUCUUUCUUUCUUUCUUUUUUUUUCUUUCUUCCAUUUUCUGUGUCUAUUCCUUCGUUUUCUUUCUUUCUUUUUUUUUUUUUUCUUUCCAUUUUCUGUGUCUAUUCCUUCGUUAUCACAAGUUUAUGUAAGGUUUUUCUUUCUUUCUUUUUUUUUUUUUUCUUCCAUUUUCUGUGUCUAUUCCUUCGUUAUCACAAGUUUAUGUAAGGUUUUUCUUUCUUUCUUUCUUUCUUCAUGCUUUCUUUUCAUACUUCUUUUUUUUUUUUCUUCGCCUCUUUUUUCUUUCUUUCAUGUUCGUUUUUGUUUGUUUGUUUGUUUCUUUCUUUUUUUAUCACACACUUUUCCAAUGCUUUUUCUUUCUAAGACUUUUUAG